AUGUCCGAGCCCCUCCCCAGCAAUGAGGCUGCCCCGGCCGAGUGCCCCGUGUGCUACGAGCGGUUCCAGCCCCUGGAGGCCACGCACCGCCGGCUCAGCUGCGGCCACACCUUCUGCCACGACUGCCUGGUGAAGUGCCUGCUGUCGGCCAAGCUGGGCGGGCACGUCCAGAGCAGCAUCGUGUGCCCCGUGUGCCGCUUCGUCACCUUCCUCAGCAGGAAGAAGGUUCUGUGGCUGCCCAGGGCCACCGACCCCCGCGUGCUGCAGGUGCCAUUGUCCCCAUCCUCCCUGUCCCAGCUGGCCAGGAGCGAGCCCCCCAACACUCUGGUGGUCCCCAGCCACUUCGUGCUGCCGGAGCAGAGCCUGGGGCGGGUUGCCCCCGGAGCGGGGCUGGCACGGGAGGCUCACAUCUUUGUCAUCAGCGAUCACGGCAUGCCCCUGCUGGCCGCCCAGCGCUGCGCCUCGGGGCUGCCCGGCAGCUCCGGGGGGGACGCGGCCAGCGCAGGCUCGGGCUCGGGCUCGGGCUCGGGCUCGUCCAGCCUGGCGCUGGGGCUGCAGUGCUGCCAGUCCCCCAUGGCCCUGGCCGUGAUGCUGGUGCUGACCGUGGCCAUGCUGGCCGCCGUGCUGCCCUGGCUGCUGCUGGUCAGGAGGGACUUGUAG